AUGUCUUCUACCACCCUAUCUCCCCGGCAAUUGGGAGCCUUAUUCGAUAUUCUCGUCCACCAUGAGACAUACUCCGAAGUGAAGACCUUCAAACAUCCUGAGGCUAUUGAGAAUUAUGGGUAUCCAUUUGGUACAUGCACCCAGAAGCAGAAGGAUGGUGAAUCUCCAAAAUCAUUAUCUCCGCUUUUACAACUUCUCUUUACCAGAUUAGUACUUCCUAUCCCUGGCCUUCGGGAUCUACCGUCUAAAUUCUGGGCCACUAAAUUCAGAAGUAUAAUGAAGCGAUUUGGAGAAGCAGACCUAUCCGACAGUUAUGAUAAAGGGACAUUGGGAAGUAGGAAGAGACUCGCCUCAGCCGCCUCCGUCAUUCAUGAAUCCGUCACUAGAGGCCUAUUAACUGGCAUACCCAACGACAAGCUACCGAAUCUUUAUGCCACGUAUGACCCGCACACAGCAGAGGACCUUGCAAGGGCUUGGGACGAUGUUGUCCACCAUCUGGUCUAUGGAAAUCUUCUUGACGAACUGUUUGACCAUCUAACCAAGACCCCAAACCUUGAGGGCCACUCUCCAGCAGUCAACGCCGCAGUUGAUUACGCUAUCAUAUACAUAGCUACAUUUCUUCACCACCUCUUUGUCCUAUCAGCCGAGGGCCCCUAUUUAUUGAAGUUGAUAGAUAACGUCCAUGGCUUAAUCCCAUAUACGUUAGUUGGGCAAACAUUACGUCUCGGAAAUGCUGGGACUAUGAUCAAUGCUAUGGUCAGGUUAUUCUUGGCAAAGGUCAGCGUCGGUGCCAUAUCUAAUUUUCUCGGAUUCACACGGAACGCGUCGGACGGAAUGAAUCUACUGCAAAGGAUAAUAUCUCUUGUGUUAGAGUGGGACGCCAGCGACUUCCGCAAAGCCGUUGACAGUAUUAGACGGAGCAAAGAAGGGCCAAGCGAAUCGCAUCUAGCCGUGAUUGACGCACAUCUGCAAGCUUCUAGAGGAGAACACGAAGGAAUUCGUGGAUUGAGCCAAAACGACAACAUGUCUAUUAUUGUCGCCAUCUUAGAGACCAGAGACAAGGUUCUGACAGAGUCCCUAACUGAUAAGCAGCAUGCCCAGUGUUUGGAGUAUUAUUCCGCUCAGCUUGCUAUCCGUGAUAGAGAGAAGAUCACUCAAGCUUUAUGUCGCGAAACUCCGGAUCUAACGACAACCAUAGUAGAAGAUGGCGUGUCAGUUUUCGAACCCAUGAUUCGAGCUAUCCACAGGAACGUAGAUAUACGAAAACAUAUCAACUCGGUCGAAAACUUCUUGACAGACUUGAUAAGAACAAGUAAGCCUAAGAAGAAAGACAGCGGCCAAGCCCAGAAUGGCACAGUGCCACCUUCUGUCGAAGACUAUGUUGCUCUCUUAAAGCGGAAUCGUCAAUUAGCCUACGACUAUUUACAUGAGUUCGCAGGAGGGUGUCCUGAGUUACGAACAACAUGGUUUAAAUGGGCUAAGAGUAGCCUGGAAUUUUUCAGACAGCCACCAGAGAAUGACAAGAGCCCUACAGAGGGCCAUGAUAGAUAUUCAUUUGGUUCUAAGGAGAUGAGUCGAUCUCUCCAGGCCCUUUUUGACGGAAUCCCGGAAGACAAGCAAAACAAUGUUAAGGCCGCUCUUGAUGCUCAUGCCGAAUAUCUCUCCGCACUGGAGUGUAUGUCCUGGGCCCGAGUGCAGAAAAUUAUCGACGGAGUGGAUGGCCGGGUGGAGGCGAACGGUAACAUGAGCGGGCCAGGUGUUUACAUAACACGCUGGCACUGCCUGCUCGAUGAAACCAUCGUCACACCAUGUACUCCAAGAGGCCCGCCAAGAAGAGGAAAGGAAGUGAAGGGUGUGAAAGCGCUUGGAAAAACAGAAGCCAUCGCCAAAUCUGAGAGCUGGGACUCAAAAGCUCUUAACGAGCAAGAUGAACAGGCGCGUCCCGAAGCCCCUGACGUCUCAAUCGUCGUCGAUACCCUUGCACAGCAGUUCAAAGACCUUGUUGCCCAUAUUUCGAGUAAAGGUCUUCCCCUGAACUGA